AACACAUGAUAUUGUGCUUACUUCUCGUAGAACACAUGGACAUGGAAAAUACGACGGAAAAUACCCAUAGGAAAUUACCAGGCGAAAAUAUUUUAAAACAGUUUCGAGUUUUAGCGGUAGCAAAUAAAAAUGAAAGAGUCAAAGCCACAAAAACACUAUUGGAACAUCUCCAGGAGCAACAGUCUGUUGGAGGAAAGGGUCUCUGUGGAGAUAUAAAGUACACAUUAAACAGACUGGUACAGGGGUUGUCAUCAGACAGGAAUUUUGCAAGGAUAGGUUACUCAGCUGCACUGUGCCAGCUGUUGAGAACUGUUGAAAUAAUUGACAGCAAAGAUGUGUUGACCUGCAUAGAGGAGAAUGCAAAAUCACAGCAUACUGCAAAGGCAUCUAAAAGUGAUGAAAGGAAUGUUGCUCUAGGAAAGGCGUUUGGGCUGCUAACUCUGAUAAAUUCCGGCAAAAUCUUGACCUCAAGUUCAGGAGAGAUAAGCAAAACUGUGGAAGAGUUACUUAACUUACAUGGCAAGAAAUCCUACUUGCAGCUCUUGUGUCUGGAUGGUGUUCUUCAAAUCAUUACACAGGUAUCCCAUGAUACAUUCAAGAAGAGUGUUUUACCUCAUGUUGAGAAACAGUUUUCCUCAGGAUGGGUGGAUUGUUCCCCAGACACCUUACUUCUAAUUCUCAAGUCCUACCAGCAGCAUCCUGGAGUUGUGAAGAAGUUGUUAAAUGAGAAUUGGUCAGGCGAAAAACUGAUUUUUGAGAAGAACUUCCCUCUACUAGCUUCAGUUGUCACAAAGAGUGCUUGUCAGUCUCACGUGAUACACCCAGUUAUUGAUCAGGUAUUGGCAGUUGUUCAAGAGAAAAACCUUGAUGUUGGAAAAUUCUGGAAACAAGCUUGUAAGCACCUGUUGGUAGCAGAAAAAAGAGUGAGGGUUGGACCAAAGCAAAUACUUGGACUGUAUCUGUUUGAGAAACUUUUGCCAUGUAUUGAUUCUCCUAAAAAGUUGAAGGAAGUUAUGCUUCCAGACAUGGCAAGUGCAUUUAUUCAACUCUGCUCAAAGAAAAUUGAGGAAGGAAGUAAAACAGAAAAGAAAACUAGUGAUACCAUAAAGAAGGCAUCUCAAGUUCUAGCAGACUUGGCAACAUUGACGUCUGCCAGUAAAGAUGCACAGUUCCAGAUUGAGAUGUUGAAAUGUCUUAUUACAUCCCCGGGAUCAUUUGAGUUUGACAGUCAGACUAAUACAAAUACAGUAGCCCAAAUCUCUAGUCAGUUGCUGCCCGAAGCUAGGUGUGAGUACAUAGAGGAACUGAUGAAAGCGUUCAGGGGUCAGUCAUCCUGGAUUGUUUCAGAGAACCAGUCAGCAGCCUUACCACAGUGGUGUAUUAAACAGUUGUGUUUGGUGUGCAGUAACGCUGAGUCACAAUGGCAACUUAAGAUUCUACAGUUCUUGUUCCUACAUAGUUUCUUCGUAGUGAAAGGGAAUAACAAGGAUAUUGCACAUUGUACUGUAGUUAUCAGAGAGAUGACAGAAUUUCAAAGAAAGUCUGCAUCAGAUGGUUUCUUCAAGACAAUAACCAAACUGCUUACCAAACAUGAUAUAGGUGUUCCAAAAGCGACAAAUCUGAACCAGCACAUAGAUCUACUGUAUGGACUGAGCAAGUAUGUACAGGAACUACUUCAUGCUGGGGACUGUGUUCAGCUGAUCAAAACAGACUACCAGUCUGAGAUUGUAGAAGAGUGGAACAAGCUGACUGAUGUGAUUUCAACAAUCAACAAAAAGAGAAAUCCGGAAGAGAUUUUAGAUUGCCAUGCCUUUGAGCUGUUGUUUAUAUACUUCGGGCUACAGAUGUUUGAAGACCCACAGAACUUGCAGGAAUCUUUGCUGGAUCUCUAUGUCUGUUACAAGAAGUCAACCAAGAGGAGGAUGUCACUUGCUAAAGAUGAUGGACCAGCCUGGAUAGACGUGAUUACUGAGCUUCUACUCAGUAUGAUGUUCAAGGAAAACUCGUCGUCAAGAGUCGUUGCUAAGCAGGUCAUGUCAUACCUCGCUGAUCAUGUUACCCACUCUACAGUACAACUUAUUGUUGAUGCACUGGAGCAGACCAGUCUGGACAGCGAGGAAGGUAUGCUAGGUGUGGAGGAUGAUGGGGAUGAUGAUGAUGAUGAUGAUGAUAAUGACCAGACUCAGAUAGAUGAUGACAAUGUUGAUGAUGAGGAUGAUGAUGAUGAUGAUAGUUCAGAUGAUAAAGAUGAUGAUGACAAUGAUGAUGAUGAAGAUAGUGAGGAUUCUGGUAUAGAGGAAGAGACAGAUGUUGUUGUGGCAGAUAAACUGAAGGAGAAGUUAAAAGUGGCUUUGGGCAAUGCAGCUGGAGACUCUGAAGAGGAUGAUGAUGAUGGUGAUGAUGACGAUAAUGAUGUAGAAUUUUCAGACAGUGAGAUGUUCAAACUGGAUAGUGUUUUAGCCUCAGCCUUUAGAAGCAUGUCCAAAAGCAAGAAAAUGGAUAAACAAAAAAGCAAGCAACUUCAGGAUUUUAAAACAAGGGUGUUAGAUCUUGUUGAGGUGAUUGUAAAGAAUCAACUUGCCCCAGGUAUUGCAAAGGGGUUUAUUCUCCUGCUGUUAGGCCUGGUUGAGAGAGGAAUGAGAAAAGCUACAGAGGAAAGUCUGGGUAACAAGGCUCAGGCUACACUACAGAUGUUACUCAAACAAAAGAAGGUGAAGACAGAUGUUGAAGUUGACAAAGAUGAACUGUUAGAACUUCUAGAACACUUAAUGAAAUGCUCCAAUAAAGUUCCAGUCCCAAGUUUUAUACAAGACACAGGAAAUGCCUGUCUGUAUGUGCUGAAAUUGUUGCUUCACGAUUCUGGGCUGUCCCCAUUGAAGACAAGGUCAAAGUCUGAAAAUAAACAAAAGAAACCAGCCUUCUACAAGGAGAAGGUGGAAGCCAUGAUGAGGUCAGCCAUCUUGGAUUUAUUAGGUCAUAAAUCUGGACACUGCCAGCCAGCUUUCUUCCAUAUGCUGAUAGUGAAAUAUCCGUUGAUAUUUUGGACUUCUUGUGAAGAGUUAACAAACACAGUAAAAUCCCAGGAGGCAAAGGUUUUUGACAGAACGCAGGCAGCAGCUUUUCUGGCCAAUAUGAUCAGCAAGGAACUGCAUGACAGUGUGAAGGUAGAAGAUUGGACAAAGUUUGUGAAGAGUUGGAAAUCAGCAGCAACAAUGGUGAUCAAUGAGAUGAGCUGUAAGGAAAAAUUUAAAAAGAAUCUACUGGAGGAAGUUGUUGCCACUUGUAACCAAGUAGAGCUCACUACACCUGGACAACUGAGUUUGGAUGAAGAGGUUUUACAGAAGUUGCUUGAAAUGCAGAAGAAGUGCGAAAAGACAAUCAGAAAGGCCAUCAAUAAAUUAACCAGCGGAAUGAAAAGGACAAACAUAAAUGGCUCUGAAGGUCAGAAAAAUAAGAAAAAGAAUGAAAAGAGGAAAGAUAAAAAAGAUGAAGUUGACGGACUAUCCCCACCAAAGAAAACAAAAGAACAGUCUGCUUCAGAAGAAAAGGAGGAGCUUGUUGUACAUAAUAAAGCAUCAGUUAGUGAAGAAUCAGACAUUAAUCUUAAACACAAAAAGAAGAAAAAACCUGGAAAAUCUGACCACCAAUCUAAUGAGGACACUGCAGAAAUAUUGGACCAGUCUAUCACUAACGGCGACACUGAAAAUAGGUCAGUGAAAAAGGUUGUCGAAAAUGACAUUGAGGUAGGUAACACACCAAAAUCACAAAAGAAGAAAAAAAAGAGAAAAUCUAAGGAGUUCAGUAGUAAAGAGACCACGAGUGUGGAUGAUAUUGAAGGAAUAGAACCAGUCGUGUCACCAGGAAGUGCAAAAAAGGCAAAGUUAGCUUCCACUGCAGAGAACCAGUCAGCAACAAAUGAUACCAGUAUUCUUGAAGAGUCCAUGGACGUAUCAGCAUCUGGGAAGAAAAAGAAGAAAAAUAAAUUUAAAAAGUUGACUUCUGAAUGAAAUCUUUAUGUCACUGAUCAUAAAGAUCAGAAUAAUCCUUGUUAUGGAGAAAAGAAAACAAAUUGGUACAAUUUUCUGUCACCAAAGAGAGAAGUUUAUGUUACAUUUUGUGCUAAGUUGAGGUGAAGUAUUUAACAAGUGUAAAUCAGGAAUACCUCAAAGUUCAAUUGUUUUUGGCUACGCAUUUAUCUAUCAAUUUAACAUUUUAGCUUAAUAUUAAGAAUGUCUUUCUGCCAAAUGUAUUCUAUAUAAAUGAAGGAUGAAAUUCACGUAUUUUUUUACGUUAAUAUAAACCCAGAUACAAAAUAUACUGGGUGUGAGAGUGUUGGGUUGCAAGCCUCAAACCACUUCACCAUCACCUCUGUGUGUUCAAGUGCUGAUUGUGUCAUCAUGCACGUAAGCCAUCCAGCUGGUUUUUGGAAGGCUGCUGGUUAAACUUAGUGUCUGCCUAAGGCUGAAAUAAUUCCUGGAGGGCAACUGAGUGCCUUCCAUUAAAACUGGUCUCAAAUGUUGUGACUUAAAAUCCUGCAACACAACACAUUGUGUAUGUGGAGUCCCACAUGUUGGUUUUAGUAUUUCCUGUUAUUUCUUGCCUGAGGCGUAUCUCUGAACAGAUUUUCAAGUGACUACACUAGUAUAUUUGCCAUCAUACACAAGAUACAAGAUGAAAGUCAUUAUGAAAUGUUUUUAUGUUCUAUGCACCUAGUGUCAAGACCAGGGAGGUAUGCCGUGUUUGAGUUGUCCGUCUGUCAAACUUGUGUACUACACUCCGACAAUAUUCAUCCAUUCCAAUGAAACUUGGUAUAUGUCAUCAACAUGAAGUGGACAUGCACAUACCAGUAUUUUGGGGACUUUUAUGCCAGAUUAUUAUUUUUUGAGAUACUUUACAUUACAACUGCAUUUCUCUCCUACAGUUUCCACCCAAUUCAAAUCAAACUUGGUAUACAUCAUCAACAUCAAGUGAACAUGCACAUAUUCUUAGAAGUUUAUGUCUGAUUAAAUUUAUUUGAGUUAGCCUCUUUUUUAGUUUAUAUAUAAUUUAUUACUCUUUCAAGCAUUAUUAAGGGGCAUGUAUCAUACAAUGUUUACAUCAUUCUUGUUGUAAUUAUUAAAUAAAGACUCUACAUUUAAAAAUCA